CAUCACUAAAUACACAAGUCUAAAACCUCACCGUUACCUACUUUUCAGUUGGAAUCUAGGGUUUUUGGAUCGUUCAAUCUCAAUUCUCAGAGGAGCAAAAAAAAAAGCAACAAUGUUUCCAGGAUUGUUCAUGCGUAAACCUGACAAAGCAGCUGCUUUGAAGCAGCUGAAGACACACGUGGCCUUGUUUGGUACUUGGGUCGCCGUGAUUCGGGUCGCCCCAUACAUUCUCCACUAUUUCUCCGAUUCGAAAGAAGAACUCAUGCUCGAACUCUAGGUUCUUUAUUCUAUUUGCUCCUCUUUCUUCUCAGCUUCUCUCGAGGAAUGAAUGUUCAUCAGGAGGAGCAAAUAUUUUGUAUGCACCUAUAAACGUCUCCCCUCUGCGGUUACCCUAUUUCUUUCUCGUCCUUUCAUUACCAUAUGCCCCUAUUCUGAAUUUGUUGACAUGUAAUUGGAUAACGGUAACUUAGUUGUUUGAGAUAAAAGCUUGUAGGGAACCGGUUUCCCCUUGUCACUUUUUGUGAUACAUUUAUCAUUUUUUUGGGUUUACUGUUUGUUUCUUGAGUC